GCAAAUCAGCUGUUUUUCUCAUAUUCAACACAGCUGCAAAAAUUUCUACACUUCGGUUAGCAAAAUAACUAAAAUUUUGGAAAAAUGACUGAAGAAGCUGUAUUUCCUGACCAAAUAGUUGAUGGUAAGAACAAAACAAAUGUACGCUGCCAGUUCUGCAACAGUUUGAUGCUAAAAGCACAAGAGGGAAGCUAUAAUGAACAGGAAGUUGAUGUGCCUCUGAUGAUGCAAAAACAGGACAGAACGGCUGAGGAUCUAAACACAGAGUCCCUGAAGCACUUUUGGCUGGUCAAAGACAUGAUGACGUUCGAGAACAUUGGCUUUUCCCAUUCGGUGAAUGGGAAGAAAUUCCUGGUUUGCGCCGAUUGUGAGCGAGGACCUGUGGGAUAUCACGAUCUGACCACCCAACACUGUUUCCUGGCCCUCAAGAGGGUCCUGCACAAAGACUCUUAGCUGGCUAAAUUAAUCUCAUACGUGUAAUCCAAUUGCUUAUACUCAAAGUCAUGUCCAGACCGUGGAGUAUGCAGUGUAAUUCGCUUAUCUGAUGCGAUAGGGCGUGUUCCGAGUUUCAUUUUCCCUGUUUUUUUAGUAAAUAUUUUUUUUGUAUAAUAUAUUUUAGACUCCAUAAAUUUUUAUUUAGCUCAACCUCAAUUUAAAAGAAAAUAUUCAACGCUUUUAUUAGGUCAAAUAUUAGUUUCUAUUACUGAGAUAUUUUUAAGUAAAAAUAAAUGUGCAUUAUUUUUUCAAUAUACCAUUAAUAUAUUUAUAUAUUUUAUUUUUCUAAAAUCGCCUGAUGCCAAUUAGUUGGGCAAAUUAUACUGCAAACUCCUGUAGAUUACUGUACGAUCUCUGAGCCAAAAAAACACA